CCUCCGCGCCCUCCCCCAGCCGCUCGCCGAGCCCCGGCGCCCCCUGAGCUCCGCCGCCGCCGCGCUGCAGGAUUAUGGAGUUUCUGAGCGAGAAGUUUGCCCUCAAGAGCCCGCCGAGCAAAAGCAGCGACUUCUACAUGGGCGCGGGAGGCGCGUUGGAGCACGUUAUGGAGACGCUGGACAAUGAGUCCUUUUACGGCAAGGCGGCGGCGGGCAAAUGCGUGCAGGCCUUCGGGCCGCUGCCCCGCGCCGAGCAUCACGUGCGCCUGGAGCGGACGUCGCCCUGUCAGGACGGCAGCGUGAACUAUGGGAUCACUAAAGUAGAAGGACAGCCUCUUCACACCGAACUGAAUAGAGCUAUGGACAACUGUAACAGUCUCCGAAUGUCUCCAGUGAAAGGAAUGCCAGAGAAGGGAGAACUGGAUGAACUUGGGGAUAAAUGUGACAGCAAUGUUUCCAGCAGUAAGAAGCGGAGACACAGAACCACUUUCACCAGCCUACAACUGGAGGAGCUGGAGAAGGUCUUUCAGAAAACCCAUUACCCAGAUGUAUAUGUCAGAGAACAGCUUGCUCUGAGGACAGAGCUCACUGAGGCCAGGGUCCAGGUUUGGUUUCAAAAUCGAAGGGCCAAGUGGAGAAAAAGAGAACGUUACGGCCAAAUACAACAAGCUAAAAGCCAUUUUGCUGCCACCUAUGACAUAUCAGUUUUGCCAAGGACUGACAGCUACCCACAGAUUCAGAACAAUUUGUGGGCAGGAAAUGCAAGCGGCGGUUCUGUGGUUACUUCAUGCAUGUUACCACGUGACACUUCCUCCUGUAUGACACCUUACUCUCACUCGCCUCGGACAGAUUCCAGUUACACAGGGUUUUCAAACCACCAGAACCAGUUCAGUCACGUGCCCCUCAACAAUUUUUUCACUGACUCUCUUCUUACUGGGGCUACCAAUGGACAUGCAUUUGAAACAAAGCCAGAGUUUGAAAGGAGGUCUUCCAGUAUUGCAGUUCUUCGAAUGAAAGCCAAGGAGCACACUGCCAAUAUUUCAUGGGCCAUGUAACAUACAGUGCUCUUUUAUUUUUUUUUAAUGUCAAAGUAAAACAUUCUUAUUUCUCAUAUUUAAAGGAUACCACAAUAAGCUGCUGUGUGUGGAAUUGCUAAAGGUCAAGAUAUACGGCGAGACCAGCUUAAAUGAAUAGUUGUUAUUAUUUAACAUUAAAUCUAAGA